AUGAAAGAUCCUACAAUAAGACGUAUUUUUGAGAAAGAGAACUAAGCUUAAGUUUCAAAUAAUAUUGAAAAAAGAAACAGCCAAAAAUAAUUAACGCAUUUAGUUCCAUUGACUGUGUUGAAUCGUCAAGCUAGUAUCUAAUUUUUAAUGAUAAGAUUUUGAAUUCAAGAGUAUUGAUAAUAAAUAAUAAUAUCUUCAACAAAGUUUUCUAACUUAAAGAAAUCAAAAUGUACCAAGUUUGCAUUAUAGGCCAGAGCAAAAACAAAAAACUACGAUUUGUACAACCAUAUAGAUAGUAUUAUAAUUAAGAUAUAUGAUUAGUAUUCUCCUCUUAAAAUUAGAUAGACAACUUAAAUUAGUUAAAACAAUGAAGAUCAAUAAAAAUCUUAGAAUAAUAGAUUUUUUUUAAAUUAUGGUGAUAGUAUUUUAACAAAUUACUAAAUAUAUGAUUCUCUUUAAAAGUGUGAAUUCUUAUAAAAACAUACGAUCAAUAGUUCUUUAAGAGCAAAGAUGGUAGACUGGAUGAUUGAAGUGUUAACUUCUUAUAAAUGUAAAGAUCAGACAUUUUUUAUGGCAGUGAGAUUGAUGGACAUUUAUUUAAAUUAAUCAACAAGAACUUAUGCUCCUUAAGAUUUACAUUUAAUAGGAGUAACAUGCAUUUUUAUGGCAUGUAAAUUUGAGGAAACAUUUCCAAUUAAAUUAUAAAUUGUUCAUGAAAAAAUUGCUCAUAAAAAAUUAACAAAAGAAGAAAUUAGAGAGAAAGAGAAUUAAAUUUUAUAGACUUUAGAUUUUAAUUUAGUUAGCGUUACUUUAUAUGAUAUAAUUACAAUUACAUUGCAAUUAAUUAACUAAUAUUAAAAAUUAAAUUAAAUAGUUGUGUAUUUGGCUAAAANUACAAAGUCCAGAUAUCUGUAAUUACUUUUUGAAUCAAUUUUAAAUUAAAAUAAGUUUAUUAAUAAAUUAAUUAUCUGUUAAACAAAAUUUAUUCAUAUAAUGAAAGAUCCUACAAUAAGACGUAUUUUUGAGAAAGAGAACUAAGCUUAAGUUUCAAAUAAUAUUGAAAAAAGAAACAGCCAAAAAUAAUUAACGCAUUUAGUUCCAUUGACUGUGUUGAAUCGUCAAGCUAGUAUCUAAUUUUUAAUGAUAAGAUUUUGAAUUCAAGAGUAUUGAUAAUAAAUAAUAAUAUCUUCAACAAAGUUUUCUAACUUAAAGAAAUCAAAAUGUACCAAGUUUGCAUUAUAGGCCAGAGCAAAAACAAAAAACUACGAUUUGUACAACCAUAUAGAUAGUAUUAUAAUUAAGAUAUAUGAUUAGUAUUCUCCUCUUAAAAUUAGAUAGACAACUUAAAUUAGUUAAAACAAUGAAGAUCAAUAAAAAUCUUAGAAUAAUAGAUUUUUUUUAAAUUAUGGUGAUAGUAUUUUAACAAAUUACUAAAUAUAUGAUUCUCUUUAAAAGUGUGAAUUCUUAUAAAAACAUACGAUCAAUAGUUCUUUAAGAGCAAAGAUGGUAGACUGGAUGAUUGAAGUGUUAACUUCUUAUAAAUGUAAAGAUCAGACAUUUUUUAUGGCAGUGAGAUUGAUGGACAUUUAUUUAAAUUAAUCAACAAGAACUUAUGCUCCUUAAGAUUUACAUUUAAUAGGAGUAACAUGCAUUUUUAUGGCAUGUAAAUUUGAGGAAACAUUUCCAAUUAAAUUAUAAAUUGUUCAUGAAAAAAUUGCUCAUAAAAAAUUAACAAAAGAAGAAAUUAGAGAGAAAGAGAAUUAAAUUUUAUAGACUUUAGAUUUUAAUUUAGUUAGCGUUACUUUAUAUGAUAUAAUUACAAUUACAUUGCAAUUAAUUAACUAAUAUUAAAAAUUAAAUUAAAUAGUUGUGUAUUUGGCUAAAAUGAUAGUUUAUGACUAUGCAUUAAUAAGUUAAUAUAAUUAUUCUUUAUUAUCAGCUGCAUGUAUAUUUAUAGGAUCAAAUAUAUCUUGUCCAGAAUAAAGUGAUGAAAUUGUAAAAAUAAAUUUAAAUAAUAGAUUACUUAAGUUAUGUAAAUAUUAAAUGUAGAUAAAGAUAUCACAUUAAAUUUAUCUAAUUUAAUCUUAAAUUUAGCAAAAAACUUUGAUAAAUAAUAUUAAAAUUUGGAUAAUUUAAAAAAAUUUAAUAAAAAUUCAAUUUUAGAUAUUGUUAAGUUACAGAAAUGA